AUGCUGCCGGAGGAAGGGGCACGCAGGAAGUACUCCACAAAGCCAAGGGCACCUGCCGGCUCUGUGGGGAGGAGGCGCUCGUGUCAGCGGCCUGAGUCCUGCGGCCAAGUCAGGCAGGGGCGGGCCAAGGGUCCGGGCCUCACGAGGGUCUCCCUGGUCGGGGCAGAAGACUACGGACAGUGCCCCGCUGAAGCCCGACGGGUCAGCAGCACGGCCCUCCCCACCAAAAACCUACCGGCUCACUUCGGCCUGGCUGCCUCCAUCUUGCGCCGCGCUCAGCCCUUUGGGAAACCGAGUCCCCCGCUGGCCGAGAGCCGUUUCUCCUACGCCUGA